AUGGGCUGUGGGUGCCUGGGCCCCGUGUUUGGGGGCAAAAGGACCAAGCGCCGCGUGCAAUCCCACUCCGACCAUACGGGGGAGACACCAGCAUCCGUCGCUAGCCCUUCAGCUGUCCAUGAAGAGGCUGCCGGUGUCAAGUCUAAGCUUCCCCCCGUGUCCGCCGAGCAAGACAAGCCACUGCCAGUCGAUGCUGAGAACGAGAAUGGUCAUAGAAGUGGGGGCGAGUCUGGAGUGAGCUCCUCUGCGCUGGCCGAUUCAACAGCAGGGGGUGUGAAUGCCCACUUGGCAAGAGGACAAAUAAGUUUGAUCGGGGCGGCUCCAGAGGCAAAGGGGGCCUUCACCCUAGACGGAGAUGCUGGAAAUGCGGGCACUGGGAAUAGGCUGUGCAGCAAGUUGGGAGAUGAGCCGCCUACAGAUUCCACGAGCGGUAGGCUUGGUGAGGCUGCCGUAGCGCCUGCUUCAAGAGUUGCAAAUGAGGUAGUCGAGAAAGAGAGCGCGGAAACCGCAAAAACUGCAUCAUGCCAAGAAGAGAGCACUACGGUCACUCAAGCGGCGAAGGAAGGCGAGUUCUCAAGUGUCAAGACGGACGGUGAAAGCGGUGCGAAGGUGCUGAGCGCCGUGCCACAAAGUCUGGAUCGAGAAGUCAGCAUUGUGGCGGACUGGCUAGAACAAGGUUUGGUUGGUCAGGGUGCAAAAGUACCCAUGCAGUCAGCGCCCAGGUUAGCAGGGAUCGGUGAGGGCUUAGAGCAGUCCGAUGUGACCUUCCCCAAGCUCGUAGUCGAGCUUAACCCAGAAGAGCAGCUUGCUUCUGACAGUCAAGAGCGGAGCACUCAGAACAAUAAGAGAGCGAGCCAUAACCCGGCAGCCUCAUCAGAAGCGCGUCAACCAAACCCCUCCAGCGGCGAUCCGACAGUCGUGUUGACCAAAGCGGAGAGUCCCCUUUCCGCAUUGAUCAGCGGAGCAGUUCCCAUAACCAAAGAAGAAACCGCAGUCGCGUUGCAAGAAAUUUCUGUCGAAGGGAAGGGCCGCGUAGACACGGGCGGCGCCUCACCGCAAGGGGAUCCCUCUGGGGCGCCGCGCAGCUCCGAGAAAAACAGGGCCUCGCACCUGCAGCAGGCGUUCCUGGUCGCGGACCUUGGGUUUCAAAUGGAGCCCGUCCGGAAGGAGCGUCCUAAGCUGGACCAAAUUCCGGCGGAUUCCGCCGGGGUGCAGAAACGGACGGCGCUCGAGCAGCUGUCGCUUCAACAGCUGGACAUCGACGACGACCUGCUCUCGGACCUGAGCCCGCGGGCGGAAUCCGUUCCGUCGCCCGUGCCGGCCGGGACCGAACCCCGAAUAAGCGGAACCGAGAACGUGAGCGGAAACGAAAAAGGAAAGGCAGAGACCGCUUCCCAUGGGGACGCGUCCGAGAGCGACACGCCGGGGCGGGAGUCGUCGUUCCUCACAGACGCUUCGGAGAACGGGAAAAUCAACCGGAACGUGACGAGGCAGGAGGGUUCCGGCGGAAUGCCCAGAUCCUUGCAACCCUCCCCGGUCAGUGACGGGCCAGUGAGCCCUGUCCAAGCGGCGCUGCGGUUGAUCAAGCGGAGUCAGAGGUUGGCGUCCCCGUCGAAGAAGAGGCGCUCGGUAGAGUCCCCCGGGGCAGGCAGCGGAAUGGGCAGCGGAACCGAAAAGAGUGGCCGGGAAGUCAGUAUCCCAGGUUCCGAACCGGAUGCUUCUCCGCCUGAACAGCGUCCAGUGCUCGAGGCGAAGGGAGCCAAAGCGAAGGGGUCGGUUGAAAGUUCCGGUCGACUGCUCCCGGAAACUGAGAUUGAAACUUCUGAAAAUUCUCGUAAUAACAAAGUACAGAAGCUGAGAGCAGUUUCUAGAAAGCACGGGGGCCGCCCGGUUGAUUUGUUUCGAGCGGAAGAGAGCGCCCAAGAAGACGCGAAUUCUCAGGCGUCCAGCCCGGUGAAGCUCCUCCCGAGCGAAGCGUCGGAGGCCACGACGGUCGGCAGCAGCAGCCCGGUUGGGAGCACGAGCGAGUCCCUGAUGAGCGACGCGAGAGUGACACGUGUCGCAAGGAGCCGUGACGGGCGGCAAGUAGAGAAAGCUCGAGGUUCAGGAAGCGAGAGACAUAGCACAAUCGAAGAGCUGCAAGCUGGCACAAACAAGAAAGGGCUGCGGGUUUCGGAUGUCAUUCUGAGUUCCUCGGAAGCGGAGAAGAAACAGUUUGGUAGAGACGGGAGCCAACGUCGGGCAGUCGGGCCGGUAACGUCGCCCCCGCAGUGGCGAGAGAAGCGGGGGUCCCAAAAGGCCGCGCCGGAAGGGAAAGGGGCUGCAGGCGAAUUAGAAGCUGCCACGUGGCGGACUGCGGUGGCGGGUGCAACAGCGCGAGGAGAUUUGAGCAGAGACGCCUCCUCCGAGGCUUUGCAGGACGGCGACCCGCCCUUGAACUCGAGCGCCCACAAAGCCGAAAACGCCGGGACGGGGCCCGCGGGGGUAGCCGUGUCCCCGGUAGGACCUACCGGGCACUGGCAGGAGGUGAAAGCGAGCCUGCAGCAGCCGACUCUGAGCUGGCGGGAGAAGCUGUCGCAACUAGAGGAGAGCGUGCACCUGUUUUCCGACGCGUCGAAGUUCACUUCCAGGGGGGUGAAGAGCCGCGGAUCUGGGGUCGCGAAGGACCCCCUAGCGGACGUGGUGCCAUCAGUGGGGUCGAAAAGCGCACGGGGGAGGGAGAGUGGUCGGGAGGUACGUACCGGGCAGGUUGCGCCGGGGCAAAAGGGCCUGAGCCGCAGCAUUACGACGCCGAGUAAGAGGGGGGUGUGGAAAGAGGAGGUGGGCCGGUCUGGGUCAAAGCUAUGGGACGCUCAGAAGGGAAAAGGAGUGAUUAAGGAGGAAAAAGAGAGGGGAAGGGAGGUGACGGACGCGAAGCCACAGCUCCUCCGUUCGAAGUCGCUGCCGCGCGAAAGGCCCGAACGGUCGGACCGCAGCGCCGUUGCGACGAAGCCAACCGACCUCGCGUCGAAGCAGCUUUGGCUGGCCGCGGAAGAGAAGCGCAUCAAGGACGAGGCGGUGCGGCUGGCGGGCCUGGCCGCGUCGCUGGAGCGCGAGACGGAGCGCCUCGAACGGCAGCGCGCACAGGCCGAGAAGCUGGAGCGCGAGAUGCGCGAGCGCUUCGGAGCGCUCCACAAUCGCUCCGAUCGCCCGUCGCCUCAGAGCGAGGGUCUCCCGAGCACCGACCGGUGGGCAGUCGGGACUGUGAAGAGGCAAGCGAGCAAGCGGGGCGGCGACAAGGAAGAGGCGACCGUUUCCCCGUCCGAGGCGCUUCUCCUGUCGCCGCCCCGUUCCCGGAGCCAACCGGGAUCGCGGGCGUCCUCGCGGCCGCGCAGCCGAAAGGGGGAAGAGCGCGCGCGAAGGUCGCUGAAAGACGAAGACAGCAGCAGCAGCGGAACAAAGAGCAACCGUAGUGCCCGGUCAGUCCGGCGGAAAAGAUUCGAGCGGAGCAAGUCAGCCGGAAGGCUCCGGACUUCGGAGCUUGGACGGCUUCCUUCGGGAAGGAAAGCAGCUGAAGCUUUUGGAUUCAGCGGGGACGAGUUUUUGACCGGAAAGGGGGGAAGAUCCGACGCUGAGAAACGGGGGGGGGCAUCAAAAUGGGACGAUGUGCUCGGUCGAAGUGCAAGGCAGGGACGAAGCGCAUCGGCAAAAUUGGCAGAUCUAGCAAAGAGUGCGAAAGCCGCUCGGAGUAUUCCCCCGGUCGAUGUGCGGCAGGGUAGCGACACGCUGGAAGCGCUCUACCGGGCAGUAAGCACCGGUGCCAGAUUGGGGGAUGACGUCAUCAAGCACCAGCCCACAUCAGCGAGCCGUAGGAUGACAGGAGAUGACGUGGGAGCGCCCGAGGGCGCCACGUCCCCCGCCAGCUCGUUGAGCUCGCAGAACGGAAGCGGGAGCGCGCGGGAGCGGAAACGGAACCAGCGGACGGAACAGAAGCAAUCUGUGAAAGACAGCGCGCACAGGGAACCUGUGACACGUUUCGAGAAUGUGAAGAAAGUACCAGCGCGCGCGCGAGCUUCAGACUGGUUGGAGACGGACGCGGAGACGGACAUGGAGGAGGUCCGCCGGAAGAUGCGGCGGAAAGAGAUGCAGGAGCUGGCGGAACUCGAGGAAUUUGAGGAGAUUGAAAAGAAGGUUAUGGACUGUUAG